AUGGCCUGUCCCAAUCCUGUGCCUAAACUCUACAAAUCUGUGAUCGAAGAUGUGAUUGAGAGAGUGCGGAAUCUCUUUGCCGAGGAAGGUGUAGAGGAACAAGUCUUAAAAGACUUAAAGCAGCUCUGGGAAACCAAGAUCUUGCAGUCUAAAGCAACAGAAGAUUUUUUCCGAAAUAGUGUCCAGGCUCCUCUCUUCACUCUUCAGCUCCCACCAAGCUUGCACCGAACAAUGCAACCAUCAACAGCAUCAUUUGUUAUUCCUGCUGGUGGAACUCUUCCCACAGUUACUACAAUGCACCUGGGCACCUCAAGUUCUGGUGCGAACCUGACUUUUCCUGGUUAUCCUAUUCAUGUGCCAAGAGGUAUGACUCUACAAGCAGCAUCUGGUCACCUCUACAAAGUACCUGUGAUGAUGACCCCAGAACGAGGAAAUGUCCUUCAGCAUUCCAUCCAGCAAGUAUUUCCUCUGGGGCAGGCACCGCUGAUCCCGGCCGCUGUUUCUCGGCUCCCCCCGGGUCUCCUCCAGGCAGCUACAGAGAAGUCUCGGGGCAUGAAAAUGUGCCGUCCAGCACCUGUCCUCUACCCUGGCAUGGUGCGCGGGGAGUGUCUGGAACGUGGGUCCUCAGGAAAGGGGCCCAAAGUCGUGGCAGGAGCCAUGCUGAACCCAGCAGCAAGCUCGGGGUACCUGGGCUUCCCUGGGGAUGUAUUCCCUCUGAAGGCCACACGUACAGGUGCCAAGGGAAAUCCGGUGGGCAUGACACCCAGGGGCCCCAGGGUGCCCCUCUGUGCAGGCCGCCAGACCCCCCUGGGCCAGCGCAUAGCUGAAGUGCAGCCCCAAGUGCUUGGAAAUGGGGUGUUGACGUGUGAUUCUGCAAAGCAGUCAGGAACCUUCGAGAAGAACAGCGGCCUUCCCGAAUCAAAGGAUUUAAAUGCUCAGAAAAACUUAAAUGUUCAGGUUGAUGAUGAUGACACUAAUGAAAUAAUUCAAAUAGACGGAGCUGGUGAUACAUCUUCCAAUGAUGAGAUGGAUAGGAAAAAAAAUCUAGAUGAGAGUGAAUUUCUAGAGGCAGGAGAGUUGAAAAUCCUUGAAGAGGAAGCAGAGAGCACAUCAGAUGAAGAGUCAACAGCCAGCAGCAGUGACAAUGAGGACCCUCAACUAAACAUUGUAGAAGAAGACCCUUUAAAUUCUGGGGAUGACGUCAGUGAGCAGGAUGUGCCGGACCUGUUUGACACAGAUAAUGUGAUUGUGUGUCAGUAUGAUAAGAUUCAGCGCAACAAGAACAAGUGGAAAUUCUAUUUGAAAGAUGGUGUCAUGAGUUUUGGAGGAAGAGACUAUGUGUUUUCAAAAGCCAUUGGUGAUGCCGAAUGGUGA